ACCGAAGCUCUGCAAAACAAAUAAUCAGACGUUCCGGAAAAUUCUGUGAGACACCGUUCAAGUUCUCAAAAACCGUCUGUUUAGUCGUCGGGUUUUGAGAGUAAAAUUCUCAUAUAUGGACGACCGAACUGUUCGGUUUAUUUGUCCGAGAGAUAAUUUAAAAUCCAAUGCAAAAUUGUCAUCGCAAUAGCUUGAGCACUUGAGAGACUGUUAAUGCCACAGCAUCUUUCUGUCCUAGAAUUAAUUCCAUUAUCAGAAAAUUGAACAGAGCAGUAGUUUGGUAUUUGAAGUAACCUCAAAGUGCUUAUUUCUCCUCAAGUGUAAAAAAACAUCAACGAUUAUUAAAGUGAUUAUAGAAAUGACUGACUAAUGAGUUCAUUGUUCUUGUUUUCUGUUACGUUUCAUGCAAAAUCUUUGAAAUUAUAAAUAAGCGAAAUGGCACUGCGCAAAGGGAAGAGAAAUUUGAAGCUCCAGGUCUCCGAGGAAACCCCUCCACCUGUAACACCACCCAGGAAUCUCGACAAACGAACGACCAUAACAAUUGGGGAAAAAACAUUCAUCGUUGAGGCUGAUGAUCUUGAAACUCUUUGUGUACUAGGGAGAGGUGCCUAUGGAGUUGUUGAUAAGAUGAAACACAAACAGAGUGACACAAUAAUGGCCGUGAAGAGAAUCACAGCGACAGUCAAUACACAGGAACAAAAAAGACUAUUGAUGGACUUGGAUAUUUCAAUGAGAAGUUCAGAUUGUCCCUAUACAGUACAAUUCUAUGGAGCGUUGUUUCGAGAAGGUGAUGUCUGGAUAUGUAUGGAAGUGAUGGAUAUGAGCCUAGAUAAAUUUUAUACAAAGGCCUACAAAAAUGAAUGCUCAAUACCUGAGGAUAUUUUAGGAAAGAUAGCUUUUUCAGUAGUUAGUGCCCUCCACUAUCUCUAUUCCCAACUGAGAGUAAUACACAGGGACGUCAAGCCCAGUAACAUUUUGAUAAAUCGCAAGGGUGAAGUCAAAAUCUGUGAUUUUGGAAUCUCUGGUUAUCUCGUUGAUUCUGUUGCUAAAACCAUUGACGCAGGUUGCAAGCCAUACAUGGCACCAGAGAGGAUAGAUCCAUCGGGCAAUCCUUCUCAGUACGACAUUCGGUCAGAUGUUUGGUCGCUAGGUAUUUCCCUUGUUGAACUCGCAACUGGAAAAUUCCCUUAUGAGUCGUGGGGAACACCUUUUGAACAACUGAAACAGGUUGUCAAAGACGAUCCUCCAAAGCUUCCCUCUGGAAAGUUCUCCUCAGCCUUUGAAAAUCUCAUCACCAAGUGCUUAAUGAAAGACUAUACAGCCCGUCCGAAUUAUAGUCAACUUCUCGAACUAGAUUUCAUCAUAGAGCACUCGCAGAAGAAUACGAAUGUCGCUGAAUUUGUGGAAAAAAUUUUAGACUUACCAGAUGUGGAGUGAAAAGUUCUCCACUGAAACAUGUGUACUUGCCAUCACGAGAAAAACAAAUAGAUGAAACAUCCCCCAGCGUAGUUAAAGAGAAUUAGAUAAUAAAUUGUUAGUACUUGCGUUGAAACAUAACACUGUUAUUAGAAUCAUUUUUACAUCAUACUUGUACUCCUGUGUUCAUUAAUCAUUAUUUCCACAGUUCUAAUAAAUGUUUAUCGUUUUUCUCGCCGGAUUUUUCAAACAAUCAAAGCACAAUCGAGUCAUAAUAUAAUGUUGUACAUAAAUGAUAAUCAUUCAUUACAAAAACCGAGGUGAUCCUUGUUCGGUAUGUUAAUCUUGAAAUAAAUUAUUUUGUCACAUUUGUCGCUAUUGAAGUCGUGAUAAAAAUCAUGUAGGUACAACCUAAUUACAUUUUGAUACGCCGUAUACAUAGAGUAGUGUAAUAUCAGUGAAUUUGUCAAUAAAAUGGAUAAUUAGUCAAUUAGGAAAUGAAAGAAUUGUAUUAAUUUUUUAGUCAGUUCCCACCAUUUGAUGAAUUUCAUGCUAAGAAAAUUUGGGUAAUACUUGUUAAGUUUUUGGGAAGCUUGUUUAAAUACCAAAAUUUGGUUCUGUAUCUGUAAAUCGAUAAAUUUAUUAAUAAAUCAGAUGUCCAUUGCGUUAGGUA